GAAGGUUAUGGUAGACAGGAAUCGGGUAGACAGGAGUCAGGUAGGCAAGAAUCGAACUACGGCAGACAAGAAUCUGGCUAUGGUAGAGAAGAGUCUGGAAGGCAACAAGUUUAUGAUAGACAAGAGUCUAGACAAGAUUCUCAAGGCUACCAAAGACCUCAAGGUGAAUAUUCCCGCCCUCCUGGAAAGCCUCAAUCGUUUGGAGUUGAUGGUUAUGAAUACCAAUAUUCCAACUGUAAUGGAUCUAAGAAGGCUCUUUUAAUUGGGAUCAACUAUACUGGUACUGCGAAUCAGCUCAAUGGUUGUGUCAACGAUUGCAACAAUGUGCAAGAGUUUCUUUUGCAGAAUGGAUUCUCAAAAGACAACAUUGUACUUCUCAAUGACCAGCAAACCAACAAGAGGUCUAUUCCUACAAGAGACAAUAUCUUGGAUGGGGUGAAGUGGUUGGUCAAAGAUGCUCGUGCCAAUGACUCUCUUUUCUUCCACUAUAGUGGCCAUGGAGGUCAGACCCCAGAUAAGACAGGUGACGAAGCAGACGGUAAUGAUGAAGUAAUCUAUCCUUUGGAUUUCGAAACUGCUGGGUUCAUUGAUGACGACACUUUACAUGAAAUUAUGGUGAAUCCUUUGCCCAAAGGUACAAGACUUACGGCCCUUUUCGACUCUUGUCACUCUGGAUCUGUCUUGGAUUUACCUUACACGUACUCUACCAAGGGUGUUAUCAAGGAGCCCAAUUUACUUGAAGAAGCUGGUUCUGGCUUGUUGGACACCUUCAAGGCAUACAGUCAAGGAAACCAGAAGGCUGUGGUUCAGGGUAUCAUGGGAGUGGCCAAGUCGUUCAUGAAUAAGGAGAGAGCUGAAAAGGCCAACGAAGUCACCAAACAGACCAAGACUUCCCCAGCCGAUGUUAUUACCUUGAGUGGGUGCAAAGAUGACCAAACCAGUGCUGAUGCUAAGGAAAACGGACAAGCCACUGGAGCUAUGAGCUACUCGUUCUUGAAGGUGAUGAGAGAGAAUCCUAAACAGUCAUAUCUCAGUUUGUUGAAUGGAACGAGAGACAUCUUGGCCCUGAAGUAUAGUCAAAAACCACAGCUCUCGUCUUCACAUCCUAUCGAUACCAACUUGCAGUUUAUCUUCUAG